AUAAGACACAAAACAAGCAUAAGUGUCUCCUUCCAUCCCUCUUCAAAAUCAUUGCCUGUCCCCUCCCUAACUCUCUUAAUUUUUUUCUCUCUCGGACAAGACCAAAACUAAACUAAGCUAAGCAAUGUCCAAAUCCACCUCAACGUCGUCUUCUUCAGCAUCAACGACACCGUCUCCUUCAAUAAAACCAGAAUCCUACUCUCACAGUCCAGUCCACUACGCCGUCGUGCUGGGGGACCACACAACCCUCACACGCCUCCUCUCCACUCUCCCCAGACUCACCGAUCCCACCAAAAUCCACACGGAGUCUGACUCGCUGAGUCAAGAACAACUUGUCGACAAAAUAUCCUCUCUCGUCGACCGCCGUGAUGUCCCUUACCGUGAAACGCCUCUCCACCUUGCUGUCCGCUUAAACGACCUCUUCGCCGCCAAAGCCCUUGCAGCUGCUGGAGCUGACGUGUCGUUACAGAACUCCGCUGGUUGGAACCCCCUCCAGGAGGCAUUAUGUCGCCGGUACUCGGAAAUCGCUCUCAUUCUUCUCCGUCUCCACCACCGCUCCGCCUGGUCCAAGUGGCGACGCCGCUUGCCUCGUCUCACUGCCGUCCUUCGCCGAAUGCGCGACUUCUACAUGGAAAUUUCCUUCCACUUUGAAAGCUCAGUCAUUCCUUUUGUAAACAAACUCGCACCAUCGGACACGUACAAGAUCUGGAAACGUGACGCUAAUCUCCGAGCCGAUACUACCUUAGCCGGCUUCGACGGCUUGAAAAUCCAGCGCGCCGAUCAAAGCUUCCUCUUCCUCGGCGACGGUGAACAAACUCACUCCAUUCCUCCCGGUUCUCUCUUAGUUCUUAACCAUGAUGAACGUAAAAUCUUCGAUGCAUUCGAAUCAGCGGGAUCUCCGAUGAGCGAGUCUGAUAUCGCCGGAUUCUGUUCCCAAACGAGCGUUUACCGUCCCGGGAUGGAUGUCACUAAAGCCGAAUUAAUAAGCCGAACGAAUUGGCGACGACAAGAGAAAACAGAAUCUGUUGGCGAAUGGAAAGCUAAAGUUUACGAAUUAAACAACGUCGUUUUCAGCUUUCGAUCUCGUAAAGUAAGCGAAAACGACGUCGCAGGAAGCGAGCAAGUUUUGCCGUUAGAGCUUGAUGAAGAUGGUGACGGCUUUUUAGUGGCUGAAAAUCCUAGCUUCCUUAAUUUUGAAUUUAAUAACGGAAAUGAGAGUAAAAGGAGGCAUAGCAGUUUUGUGAGGGAGGAGAGGGAGUUUGUGAGUGUAGGGAGGAAAAGUGUGGAUAUUUAUCCGUCCUCUACGGUGGCGGAGAGGAGGAGGGUGGUGGCGGUGCCCGAAAAAGUGAAGGAGAAAGAGUAUGUGAGGAGUUUGAAGCCGUCAGUUUGGUUAACGGAACAAUUUCCGCUAAAGAUUGAGGAGCUAUUGCCGUUACUUGAUAUCUUAGCGAAUAAAGUCAAAGCUGUGAGGAGAAUGCGUGAAUUGCUCACCACUAAAUUCCCGGCGGGAACUUUUCCGGUUAAGGUGGCGAUCCCGGUGGUCCCGACAGUGAGGGUGGUGAUAACAUUCACUAAAUUUGUCGAGUUACCACCAACUGAACAAUUCUACACUCCACUUUCAAGUCCAAGACAUUUUGGUGGUCUUGUAGGAAGUAGAGCAGGAAUAUCAGAUGAUGAUAAAAAAUCAGACACACUUUAUUCAUCAUUACCGUUGUCUUCGUCUUCAACUUCGACCUCAUGGUUGCGGCGAAACAGCAGCCAGUCUGCGAGCAAGCACCACCACCGACAUGGUUCUUCAGUGGGGCGGCUGCAGCAGCAAGCUGACCCUUUUGCUAUACCAAGUGGAUAUACAUGGACAAGUGUUGAUGACAAGUCUAGCAAAAUGAAGAAAUCCAAGUCUGUCAGGAAAUCUAAGUAGCGAAUGAGCAAAAGACACAAUGAGGAAAUUCAUUUAGGGCAAAGAUAAGAAAGUAGAUGGUUGGUGAUGAUUAAUUAACUGCAUUCAUGUAAUUUGAGCUUGCAAAUAUAAAUGGAAUCAUAUUGAGCCCUUGAUUUGUGUGGUCAAUGAUGGGUCUGACAACACAGUGAUUAGAAGGUAAACUAAUGCCUAGAUUUUUUUAAAAAAUUUUAUUGCUUCAUUUAGUGAAUUAGAUCAUGCUGGUUUCGCCA